UGUUUAUAUUUUUCAUUUAAUGCCAUAUGCUUGGCAUUAGGAUUUGGCUUCAUCACAAUCGGAUCAAUUUGUGAGGAUUUCUUUAAUGGCUUCGAUAGUUUGCCUUUUCUGUUCAUGUACUUCCUGGGUUUUCUGGUUUGCUUUGCCAACUUAAUUAGCACAAUUGCUUAUAUAUUGCAGCAUUACCGUCUCUUCCGUGCCUAUAUAGCGUGUGUACUUACAAUUAUGAUUUCUGUGCUGUUCCUCAUGUAUGUAUGCCUGUACGACUAUAGACAAAAUGAAAUUUGUAAGGAUGUUUUAGAAAAGGAGUGGAAAGUCUUUGUUGAACACCAAGACAACGAGUUUUGGAGUAAAAGAUUUCAGAUGGGUUUUCACUCAUACCAGUUUUUACUUGGCUGCUGUGGUUUGCACAACAAGACUGAUUACGAAAAGGAGAAUAUUACUAUACAUAUAUCGUGUUAUGAAGUUAUUGACGAAGAAAGAUCAGACGAACCGUACGAAAUUGGCUGUAUAGAGGCUUUUACUUCCUUCAUAACAUAUAAUAUAGGUGUUACCAGAAUUUUAAGUUGGAGUCUAAUGUGCUUUAUAGUCUUAUCACUGCUCUUUACUUUGAAUAUUAUUGCCCAUUUUGAAUGAAACCAAAUUACUAGAGAAAAUGUUUUCAAGUACUGUCAAAGGAUUUGCAAGUAAUAUCCGAAUGCAAUUCAUAAAUAUUCUCAACAACUAGAUGGUCUAAAAAUAUUGAUAACAUAAAUUACAUAAAAAGUUCUAAUCAUUCAACACCUUAUAAAAAAAUUG